CCCGGGGAGCCGACCCCCAGCUGCCUCCAGCGCCUCCCAUCUUUUGCACCCCUAGCCCGGGGCUCCAAGGACCACCCCCCUCCCCGGGCGCCACCAUGCUGGACCCUUCGUCCAGCGAAGAGGAAUCGGAUGAGAUCGUGGAGGAGGAGAGCGGCAAGGAGGUGCUCGGCUCGGCCGCGUCCGGCGCGCGCCUGUCUCCCAGCCGCACCAGCGAGGGCUCGGGCGGCGGCAGCGGCGCCGGGCUUGGGGGCGGCGGCGGUGCCGGCGCCGGAGCCGGGGUGGGCGCCGGCGGCGGUGGGGGCAGCGGCGCGAGCAGCGGCGGCGGGGCCGGGGGGCUGCAGCCCAGCACCCGCGCCGGUGGCGGCCGGCCCUCCAGCCCCAGCCCGUCGGUGGUGAGCGAGAAGGAGAAGGAGGAGUUGGAGCGGCUGCAGAAGGAGGAGGAGGAGAGGAAGAAGAGGCUGCAGCUCUAUGUGUUCGUGAUGCGCUGCAUCGCCUACCCCUUCAACGCCAAGCAGCCCACCGACAUGGCUCGCCGGCAGCAGAAGAUCAGCAAACAGCAGUUGCAAACAGUCAAGGACCGGUUUCAGGCUUUCCUCAAUGGGGAAACCCAGAUUGUGGCUGAUGAAGCCUUCAUGAACGCCGUCCAGAGUUACUAUGAGGUGUUCCUGAAGAGCGACCGUGUGGCCCGCAUGGUCCAGAGCGGGGGCUGCUCCGCCAAUGACUCCAGGGAGGUCUUCAAGAAGCACAUUGAGAAAAGGGUGCGCAGCCUGCCCGAGAUAGAUGGCCUCAGCAAGGAGACCGUGCUGAGCUCCUGGAUGGCCAAGUUUGAUGCCAUCUACCGUGGGGAAGAGGACCCCAGGAAGCAGCAGGCCCGGAUGACAGCCAGCGCAGCCUCUGAGCUGAUUUUGAGCAAGGAGCAACUCUACGAGAUGUUCCAGAACAUUCUUGGGAUCAAGAAGUUUGAACAUCAGCUCCUAUACAAUGCAUGCCAGCUGGACAAUCCAGAUGAGCAAGCAGCCCAGAUCAGACGAGAGCUGGAUGGACGUCUCCAAAUGGCAGACCAAAUAGCCAGGGAGCGCAAAUUUCCCAAAUUUGUAUCCAAAGAGAUGGAAAACAUGUACAUUGAGGAGCUGAAGUCAUCUGUCAACCUGCUCAUGGCCAAUUUGGAGAGCAUGCCGGUGUCCAAAGGUGGAGAGUUCAAACUUCAGAAACUCAAACGCAGCCACAAUGCUUCCAUCAUCGACAUGGGUGAGGAGAGUGAGAACCAGCUCUCCAAGUCAGAUGUCGUGCUGUCUUUCUCCCUGGAGGUGGUGAUCAUGGAAGUCCAAGGCCUCAAAUCUUUGGCUCCCAAUCGCAUUGUGUAUUGCACCAUGGAGGUGGAAGGAGGAGAGAAACUACAGACCGACCAGGCCGAGGCUUCUAAACCAACCUGGGGCACCCAGGGCGACUUCUCGACAACUCAUGCACUGCCCGCUGUGAAGGUGAAGCUGUUCACAGAGAGCACAGGGGUCCUGGCCUUGGAGGACAAGGAGCUCGGACGGGUUAUUCUCCACCCUACCCCAAACAGCCCCAAACAGUCAGAGUGGCACAAAAUGACAGUCUCCAAAAACUGCCCCGAUCAAGACCUCAAAAUCAAACUUGCUGUCCGAAUGGAUAAGCCUCAAAACAUGAAGCAUUCUGGGUAUUUAUGGGCCAUCGGUAAGAAUGUCUGGAAGAGAUGGAAGAAGAGGUUUUUUGUAUUGGUCCAGGUCAGUCAAUACACGUUUGCUAUGUGCAGUUAUCGGGAGAAAAAAGCGGAGCCUCAGGAACUUCUACAGCUGGAUGGCUACACUGUGGACUACACCGACCCCCAGCCAGGGUUAGAGGGUGGCCGAGCCUUCUUUAAUGCAGUCAAAGAAGGAGACACCGUGAUAUUUGCAAGUGAUGACGAACAAGAUCGGAUCUUGUGGGUCCAAGCCAUGUAUCGGGCCACUGGGCAGUCACAUAAGCCAGUGCCCCCGACCCAAGUCCAGAAACUCAACGCUAAGGGAGGGAACGUGCCUCAGCUGGACGCCCCCAUCUCCCAAUUUUACGCAGAUAGAGCUCAAAAACAUGGCAUGGAUGAAUUUAUCUCUUCCAACCCCUGUAACUUUGACCACGCUUCCCUCUUUGAGAUGGUGCAACGCCUUACUUUGGAUCACAGACUUAAUGAUUCCUAUUCUUGCCUGGGCUGGUUCAGUCCUGGCCAGGUGUUUGUCCUAGACGAGUAUUGUGCCCGAAACGGAGUCCGAGGGUGUCACCGACAUCUCUGCUACCUCAGAGACUUGCUUGAACGGGCAGAAAAUGGCGCCAUGAUUGACCCCACCCUCCUUCACUACAGCUUUGCCUUCUGUGCGUCCCAUGUUCAUGGGAACAGGCCUGAUGGAAUUGGAACCGUGACUGUUGAAGAGAAGGAACGUUUUGAAGAAAUCAAAGAGAGACUCCGAGUUCUGUUGGAAAAUCAGAUUACACAUUUUAGGUAUUGCUUUCCAUUCGGUCGACCUGAAGGGGCUUUAAAAGCUACUCUAUCACUCUUGGAAAGGGUUUUGAUGAAAGAUAUUGUUACCCCCGUACCACAAGAGGAGGUAAAAACAGUCAUCCGGAAAUGUCUAGAGCAGGCUGCUUUAGUCAACUACUCCCGGCUCUCAGAAUAUGCUAAAAUCGAAGAGAAUCAAAAGGAUGCAGAAAAUGUAGGCCGAUUAAUCACUCCUGCCAAAAAGCUCGAAGACACAAUCCGUCUUGCUGAACUAGUCAUUGAGGUUCUCCAACAGAAUGAGGAGCACCACGCGGAGCCACAUGUUGAUAAAGGAGAAGCCUUUGCGUGGUGGUCAGACUUGAUGGUGGAGCAUGCGGAGACGUUCCUGUCACUCUUUGCAGUGGAUAUGGAUGCGGCGUUAGAGGUGCAGCCCCCAGACACAUGGGACAGUUUUCCACUGUUUCAGCUGCUGAAUGAUUUUCUCCGUACUGAUUAUAAUUUGUGCAAUGGAAAAUUUCACAAACACCUGCAAGACCUGUUUGCCCCACUUGUGGUUAGAUAUGUGGAUUUGAUGGAGUCCUCAAUUGCACAAUCCAUUCACAGGGGCUUUGAGCGGGAGUCAUGGGAACCAGUCAAGAGUUUAACCAGUAACCUACCCAAUGUGAACCUACCCAAUGUGAACCUUCCCAAAGUACCAAAUCUACCAGUUAACAUCCCUCUAGGCAUCCCACAAAUGCCUACUUUUUCGGCACCGUCAUGGAUGGCUGCUAUAUAUGAUGCUGAUAAUGGAUCAGGCACUUCAGAAGAUCUGUUCUGGAAACUUGAUGCCCUUCAGACCUUCAUUCGGGACUUGCACUGGCCCGAAGAAGAGUUUGGAAAGCACCUAGAACAACGGCUGAAGCUGAUGGCAAGUGACAUGAUUGAAUCUUGUGUCAAAAGAACCAGGAUUGCAUUUGAAGUUAAGCUGCAAAAAACCAGUCGAUCAACAGAUUUUCGAGUCCCACAGUCAAUAUGCACCAUGUUUAAUGUUAUGGUUGAUGCCAAAGCUCAAUCAACAAAACUUUGCAGCAUGGAAAUGGGCCAAGAGCAUCAAUACCAUUCAAAAAUAGAUGAACUAAUUGAAGAAGCUGUUAAAGAAAUGAUAACACUCUUGGUUGCAAAGUUCAUUACUAUCUUGGAAGGAGUACUGGCAAAAUUAUCCAGAUAUGACGAAGGGACUUUGUUUUCUUCUUUUUUGUCAUUUACCGUGAAGGCAGCUUCCAAAUAUGUGGAUGUACCUAAACCCGGGAUGGACGUGGCCGACGCCUAUGUGACUUUCGUCCGUCACUCUCAGGAUGUCCUCCGUGAUAAGGUCAAUGAGGAGAUGUAUAUAGAAAGGUUAUUUGAUCAAUGGUACAACAGCUCCAUGAACGUGAUCUGCACCUGGUUGACAGACCGGAUGGACUUACAGCUUCACAUUUAUCAAUUGAAAACACUAAUUAGGAUGGUAAAGAAAACCUAUAGAGAUUUCCGAUUGCAAGGGGUCCUGGACUCGACCUUAAACAGCAAGACCUAUGAAACCAUCCGGAACCGGCUCACUGUGGAGGAAGCCACUGCAUCAGUGAGCGAGGGUGGGGGCCUGCAGGGGAUCAGCAUGAAGGACAGCGACGAGGAAGACGAGGAAGAUGACUAGAAGGCUAGGGCCUGGAGUCCUUUGGGACAAAGUCCUGUAAUCAAUGCAUGUCCUUAGUCUGUUAGUUAACCCCAGUAGGGAAUUUUCUGUCAACUACCAUGCCCAUGAGAUGUUUACAAUACAAUUGCCAUUUUAGCUAUGUGGUACCAAGAUUAGCAAAUGACCUUCCACCCCACUGAUUUCCUGAUUCCAUGUCUGUAUGUUUACAAGCAAUAUGGAGCACCAUUCUUUAAAAACUGUUCAUGGAGAAUACAUAGUCCAACUGCUAGGUGUGUUCCUGUUCUCAGCAAAGUUAAAUGAUGCUUCAUUAAUAUACUGUGUAUGCACUGAUGGUAAACGGAUGUGAGGGCGAGUACACCAAGUAUUUCACUUCUCUGUUUCGCGUUAUGUGGAUGCCAGUUAUUUAAACGAGUACAAUAAAUUAACGUAAGACACAUAGAUCUGCUUUGGUUUUUGGAAAACAAAGGCAAGCCUCCAGCAAGCCACCUUUUUGGUUCUUUGUGUUCCCCCGAAACUAAAAACUGAACCCCUGUUUUCCUUGUUAACUCAUCCUUUCACGGAUCCAUGUAGUUAGCCAAAAAACAAACAAACAAACAAAAAAAGGCGGCUAGAUACCAAUGGAUUGAUCUUGUCAUUUGCCAUGGCAAGGGUGAUCCUCCCAUGAGCAAACACCAAGCACAGUUCAGAGCAACUGUCAUCUGUCCAAGUUUAUCCUCUUAAACGUCACAUUUUGCUUUUAUGUUUCGAUAACCGUGUAUGUAAAAAACCUGAAUAUUUAAAUUACAACCCUAGACUAUAAAUGUGUUUAUAAUAAGAUAUGGAUAUUUCCUUCAGUAGAUUGUCACCAUAAUUUAAAAUAUUUUGUUCCACACUGGUUUUUAUAUCUGUCAUGUACAUUGCAUUUUGGUCUGUAACUGCAUGACCCCGGGGUCCUCUGCAGAGCAGUUUCUUUCUGUGUAGUGAAUCCAUCUUGCUUUUGCCUUAUAUAAAGCCUACAGUUAUGAAAGUGUGGAAGACUGUGGCUUCUCAAUAAAUAACCAUUCAAUGUCCUCAGAACACGCCUCCGAGUCUUUUUUCCUCUGUCUUUUUGGAAAGC